AUGAAUUUCAACCAAGAUGCAGCAAGCCCGUUAUACGCUGGUCAAACAUGGGGCUCUUCCGACGAAGAGUCCAACGCUCCUGACGCCGACGAGGUCCAUGACGCUCUGGUGGACUUGGAUUUUCGUGCCGACAUGAGGUUCCACCAGCAGUUCGACUAUAGAGCUGUUCCCGAUCCCAUUCAACGACCGCCCGAGGCUGUGGACGCAAAUCUCCUUGAACCACUGCCACUCCGCAUUGGUCCCCAUCAGCUCGACAGAGGCGGUGCUUGGGGUAUUGGUCGUCUCCGCGAAGACCACCAGGACCAGCAGCCAGGGUUGCCUGUUGCAAACCAUGGGGCUGAGCCCAACGUUCAAGGCCCCGAUCCCAAUCAAGCCAAUAUCGCUGGUGUGGACAAUAAUGGGCACCCACGGCCUCCGGUAGAUAACGAACCGAUCUCUGAAGGCGAAGCUGAAGAGGAAGACGAAGAUAACCAAGUGUCCCGCCCCGAUGCCCUACCAUCAGUGAGUAACACCCUGACACCUCACGAUAUUGUUCUUGGUCGAGGUUACUGGACUCACGCCAACGUGAGUGAAGGAAACCGAGUCUUUCGAGAAGAGAUUGUUCCUGCCUGGAGAGAUCAUUACAAUCCACUACCAAGGGCAGAGAAGCGAAGUUUCGCCCAAGCCAUGUUGCGAUGGAUGCGGUCAGAGGGUUACAGAUUUGUGAUCCGGAGACCGGAGGGUGGAUUUAUCGAAGCCGGCAACGACGACGAUGAUCAGAUUCUAGACUCGAUCAUGCACGCACUCAGAGCAAACUAA